AAGAGAAACAAAAACAAAACCAAAACACCCUUAAAUCGCGUUGCCCUAAGCUCUCUGUGACCUCAUUCCCAAACCUCCAAAAGAGCCCCUUUCUUGGAAGCUUUGAACGCAGCAGAAAUUUGAACAUGCAACCUCCAUUUCUUCUCCAUUCUUCAACCUGCCCAGCCACUGCCGCCACCGCGUCUACUCCGCCGCGGUACAAGCUGCUCAAGCAUCAUCCAAACGCCUUUGUUUCCAUGCAUUUUCGAGCCUCCACGCAGUCGUCAUUUUCCGGCUGUGAAGUCUCUCCUCUGCCAUUGUGUAACCCUUCGUUCAGCCAUAUCCAUCAAGUAUGAAAGCUUCAGCUUCCUCUCCCUUCUGUUGCUGAUUUUUUCAAAACAUGUGAAAACUAAGCCAUCGUAGAACAAGUAAAACAAGGAUUUCUGGUGGUGGAAAAGGAAGGACUGUUGGUGCCGUUUGUUUAAGGAAGGAGGUCCGUUGAAGGAGGUCUGAUUGACGACGUCGCUGUAGCAGGUCCGCUGCUCCAUUCCAUCUAGUUGCAGAUAAUCAUGGCACCAAAAGGUAGAGGUGGACGAAUAGUACGAAACACUCGUCUCGAUCAAUCUCAGCUUUCCUCACGUAGGUCAGGUGAGCAAACUGUUGACAAUGAUUCUUCUCAACCACCGAUACAUGUGUUAGGUCAACAGAAUGGUAAUAAUGAUCAACCUCAUCUUACACAUUUGAAUGUGGGAUCAGCAUCAAACCAAUCCCCACAAGUUUUAUCACAAUCAUCACCUCAGUUAGAUGGUGUGAAUUCGUCUGACACAUCUGCAUUAGAUGCAGAAGAUAAUGAGCUACCUAAUGUUGGACAAUCAAGUGUGCAUGCUGAAACUAGGAGUAACGGAAAGCUAGUAAUAGCUGUAGAGAAAGGCGAUAAACCGAAGAGAUUUACAGAUCAUACGGUAACUCGUGACAUCACGAAAGAUUUAUUAAGUAGGAUGCUUUCUCCAGCGCCAAGAUGGCAGGAUUAUUGUCCAAACAUGAAGGACGAAUUGUUUAAAGGUUUUCUGGAAAAACAUGAAUUUGCAUCGAAUUAUGAUAAGGCUCUGGCAAGAACUAUUUGGAAUAAGACAAUGCAUGACCGCUAUCCUGAUAUUUUGAAAAGAGCAAGGGAUAGAGCUUUUAAGGAAGCAAACUCUACUAGUAUUGCUGAUAUUAAGGGUCAUGGACCUAAAGCAAUGAAAGUUGAUGUUUGGAAUGGCUUAGUUGAUCAUUGGUUAGAUUCAAAGUGGCAAAACAAGUCUGUGGCCGGUCAAAAAAAUAGGGCUGCUAUGCCUACUCAUAAACUACACACUGCAGGGUCUAUCAGUUUUGGCGAACACAAGAGAAGAAAGGAAGCUAAGUUGAAGCGUUGUGUAUCUUUCCUUGAAGUAUAUGAUGAUGUUCAUAAGAAAAAAAGUGGAGAAUAUGUUUCUGAAGUAUCCAAGAAAAUUAUUGACUCAUAUGGAGAGGCAAUAUCACAAAAAUAUGGAGAAGAUUUAAUAGAUCAACCUGAAGUUGAUCCUGAUGUGUGGACAGAAGUUGCAGGAACCAACAAGAAAGGACGAGUUCAUGGGUUAGGCCGCAGUCUGGAUAUUGGUAUUCAUGAUCAUAGAGAUGUGCCAUUACCUGAAAAUACAGGUGUUUCUACAGUCAAGUCAGUCUCACAAACAGACAUCACUGAGGCUAUUAAAGAAGCAUUGCCUAGUGCUAUAAAUGCAGUGUUGCCUAGUGUUGUAAAUGAAGCUAUACAGAGUAAUUUACUGUCUCUCCUUUCUAAGAUUCCAGGAUUCCCCCAAGAGAAGAACCAUUAGAGUGAUUUUGUUGGGAAUAAUAUUUGGUUAGGUGGCUUAUGUUAAUCUAUUUUGUUAGGCUUAGCUUAUUAUCGUAGUUUAUUUGUUUGAUAGAUAAUUGAUUAGGCAAUUUGUUUCAUUUUCAGUUUUUACAGAAGUUGGCUUACUUUUA